AUGGUGGCUGGAUUUCAUCCGGCCGAGAACGUCGCUGUGGGCCAGGCCUAUGCCGCUGCGCUGCUCGACCUGGCGCAGCAGAAGAACGCCCUGGAGGCCGUCCACUCGGACAUCGACGCGCUCGCUGCGCUGAUGAAGGAGGACGAGGGCCUGGCCAGCUUCCUGGCCAACCCGAUGAUGGACGGCGACAAGAAGAAGCAGACGAUCAAGUCCAUCGGCAACGAGGCCGGCUUCAGCCAGUUCACGACCAACUUCCUGCUGCUGCUGGUCGACAAGCAGCGCAUCGACGCGGCCCCCGAGGUGUGCGAGGCGUUCGAGAGCAUGUACUGCAACAUCACGGACACCCAGGUGGCCAUGGUCAAGUCCGCCGUCAAGCUGGAGCAGGAGCAGCAGUUCAUGAUCGCCAAGAAGCUGCAGGAGCUGACCGGCGCGAAGAACAUCAAGCUGAAGCCGGUCAUCGACGAGGAGCUGAUCGCGGGCUUCGUCGUCGAGUACGGCUCGUCGCAGAUCGACCUGUCGGUCAAGGGCCAGCUCGACCGGAUCACGUCGGAGCUGACCGCCAACAAGUCCCUGGCCUAA